CGGCGCUCUGUGAGGCCGCGGCCAUGAAGCCGCAGCCGCCCGGCUAGGCCCCGGCUAGGCCCCGGGCGGCUGCAGCCCCGGGCGGCCCGCGGAGGGCUCCCCAGCCCGCCGCCUCAGGCUCGGCUUCCCGGGCCGGCGGGCGCCCGCUCACCAUGCCCGGGAAGCACCAGCACUUCCAGGACCCCGAGGUCGGCUGCUGCGGGAAAUACUUCCUGUUUGGCUUCAACAUUGUCUUCUGGGUGCUGGGCGCCCUGUUCUUGGCCAUUGGUCUCUGGGCCUGGGGUGAGAAGGGCGUGCUGUCCAACAUCUCCGCGCUGACGGACCUGGGGGGCCUUGACCCCGUGUGGCUGUUCGUGGUGGUGGGCGGUGUCAUGUCGGUGCUGGGCUUUGCUGGCUGUAUCGGGGCCCUCCGGGAGAAUACCUUUCUGCUUAAGUUUUUCUCCGUGUUCCUCGGCCUCAUCUUCUUCCUGGAGCUGGCGACAGGGAUCCUGGCCUUCGUCUUCAAGGACUGGAUCCGCGACCAGCUCAACCUCUUCAUCAACAACAACGUCAAGGCUUACCGGGACGACAUCGACCUCCAGAACCUCAUCGACUUUGCUCAGGAAUACUGGUCCUGCUGUGGAGCCCGAGGGCCCAACGACUGGAACCUCAAUAUCUACUUUAACUGCACUGACUUGAACCCGAGCCGGGAGCGCUGUGGGGUGCCCUUCUCCUGCUGCGUCCGGGACCCUGCGGAAGAUGUCCUCAACACCCAGUGUGGCUACGACGUCCGGCUCAAGCUGGAGCUGGAGCAGCAGGGCUCCAUCCACACCAAGGGCUGCGUGGGCCAGUUUGAGAAGUGGCUGCAGGACAACCUGGUCGUCGUGGCUGGUGUGUUCGUGGGCAUCGCUCUCCUCCAGAUAUUUGGCAUCUGCCUGGCCCAGAACCUCGUGAGUGACAUCCAAGCCGUGAAGGCCAACUGGGUCAAAGGUGACGAUGGCUACAAACUGCUCCAGUAAGCAGCAACGGCUCACGCCUUCCACCUCCGAGUUUCCGUCAGCCACAGGCCCCUGGCGAGUUGUCUGGGACCUGGGGGCUUCCACCUGCCAGCCAGCCCUUCUGAAAGAACCUCCACAUGGCCACGUACCCAGGACACCAACUGCCCUGGUCACUGCGAGGCCUGCCUGCCUGGCACUGUCUGCUCACCUAAGUGCCCUGCCUGACCCCAGAGGCCAGGAGUCGGCCUCCUUGCCUCUGUAGGUUGUGCCCUGCAGACCCCACAAAGCUCUGUGCACCAAGCCAGGAGCACGAGAGAAAGGGGGGGCUGGACCUGGCCAGUCAGUGGGCAUGGCCCCAGGGUCUGUCUGUGUGUGGGGGGUGUAGUGAGGUAGGUGCCACGAGAGCAGCCCAAGGCUGGGUGGGAGUUCAGAGGAUUUUGCAAAAGUGGUGACUGGAAGCCCAGGGCGUGGCUGCUGUGGGGUGGGGUGGGAACUGGGGCUAUGGAUAGGUUGACCCCCAGGAAGAUGAUAUUCAGUCGAUUCCUGUGGCCUGCGGAGCUACCUCCUGGCCAGCAGAGGGCGCCAGCGCAGCGCCGCCGCCCCGCUGCUUGCUUCCUGCUGCAUCUCCCAACUAGAGCCUCUCCCUCUCCCUGCUACCGCUUCUAGUUCAGGGAAUUCGCAGACUUCCUAGAGGAGCAAGGCCUCAGGCCGGGGAAGGAUGGCUGCUGCCCCCAGCUGCAGCUUUGCCAAGUGGGACAGGUGUGGCGUGACCUUGCUCCUCCCCUCCCUGGGAUGCGGGUGAUGGGACGGGCCCGGGCUCCCGUGGAGGCCUCAGGGCCAGGUGGGGCUGAUGGACGGAUGGUGGACACGCAUACGUGAUGAGACCUGCCUCGUUCUGGCUUUCCCACUGUUCACUGGAGACGCUGCUUUGUGAAGAGGGAAACGGCUGCACCACCUCACGGAUGCUGGCAGCUUGCCUUGGAGAGCAAUAGAGUGGCAGGGACCGUGGUCGAGCCCAGUGCCGGAGGGACAGACUUGGGUCCAGCGUCUUGGACCGCUGUGGUUUCCUCUGGGACAGACGCCCACCAGGCGGGGUGCUGGGUGUGGGGGCCUGCUGCCAGCAGCGAGGCUCCUGGUGCAGACGGGAGGGGGCACUGGGCACGGUGGCUUGUGGAUGCCACAAUAAAUGCAGCUCACA